GGUGUUUAGAUAAUUAUUGAUUCCUCCUUUUAAUCGAGGGGCAAUCCAACUUAGCUGCGAAGGAAGCUUUUCGAAGAGUUUGCGAGAUCGCUUUUCCGAAGAAAAGGAGGCUGCUUUUACCGGGAGGAUGGAGAAGUACGAGGUGGUGAGCGAGUUGGGGUCGGGCAAUUUCGGCGUCGCCAGGUUGCUGCGGCACAAGGGGACCAAGGAGCUCGUCGCCAUGAAGUACAUCCCUAGAGGCCAUAAGAUCGACGAGAAUGUGGCGAGGGAGAUCAUCAACCACCGGGUGCUCCGGCAUCCCAACAUCAUCCGAUUCAAAGAGGUCGUUUUAACGCCGACGCAUCUCGGCAUCGUGAUGGAAUACGCCGCCGGCGGUGAACUCUUCGACCGCAUAUGCAAUUCCGGAAGAUUCAGCGAAGAUGAGGCACGAUAUUUUUUUCAGCAGCUCAUCUGCGGCGUCAGCUACUGCCAUUUCCUGCAAAUUUGCCACCGGGACUUGAAGCUGGAGAACACUCUUUUGGACAACAGCCCCGCGCCACGCCUCAAGAUCUGCGACUUCGGUUUCUCCAAGUCGUCUGUGCUUCAUUCGAGGCCUAAAUCCACGGUGGGUACGCCGGCCUACAUUGCUCCCGAAGUGCUCUCCAGCCGGGAGUACGAUGGCAAGACAGCUGAUGUAUGGUCCUGCGGGGUGACAUUGUUUGUGAUGCUGGUGGGAGCCUACCCUUUCGAAGAUCCGGACGACCCCAACAACUUUAGAAAGACCAUCGGAAGAAUAGUAUCGGCACAGUACAAGAUACCCAGCUAUGUUCACCUUUCACAAGAUUGCAAGCAGUUUAUUUCAAGCAUCUUUGUUGCCAACCCUGCCAGGAGGAUCACCAUCUCAGAGAUAAGGAAUCACCCUUGGUUCCUGAAGAAUUUGCCUAGAGAGCUGGCAGAGGCAGCACAAGCUCAAUACUAUCAGAGGGAGAAUGCAGCUCUCGCAUAUUCAUUGCAGAGUGCGGAGGAGAUAAUGAGGAUUGUGGAGGAAGCACGGACUUCAUCGACAAAAGCAUUUGUAUCUAGUUUCGCAGAGUACGAUGAAAGCGAAGGAGAGAAUGAUGACGUCGAGGAUGAUGAUGAAUACGAUAAGAGGGUGAAGGAAGUGAGAGCAAGUGGAGAAUAUUCGUUUUUUGAUUGAGCUGGUUGAUGGCCGGAAACUCGUGUGAAGCAGAGGGAGGAAUAGAGUAGCUAGGAUGCAUCUUUGAUUCCGUUCCUCUGUAGUUGGUCGACUCGUAGGAUUAAUUUCUGCUUUAGUUCUUCAGUUUAGUUUAGAAUUUAUUGUCUUAUGAAUAUUAUAAAAAAAGGAUCAUUAUAUUAUGGCAUAUGAAUAUUGAU